UUGUCUACUUUUUCCUCUUCCUGUCUAACUAGCGUCUACAUGAACUUCGGUAUGGCAAUAAGGGAGCCAUGGACCGGCUUCCUUAGGAUAGCCAUGCCGAUUACAUCUUCGCUUGUACUUCUCAACAACCUAACAACCUUCGUCCUGGCCCUGAUCACGGUCGCAAGCACGCAUUUCGUACCCCAAGAUGAAGCGGGACAAGCAUAUCUAGACAACUUCCAAAUGCGGACGCGAGCCAAUCUGAUCUUCUUCUACCUCACGUUUCCGGCGCUCGCCUUGAUCGAAGCCGCCUCGUCCAAUUACGCGCUAUGGACUGACCGGCUCAAUCCGCUCUACGUCGUCGUGGUCUCUAUUCUCGCGCCAUGCAUCUGGGUCGCGCAGGUCGUGCUAUGGAGUUUGUGCCUCUUCGCCGGUAGUCCAGCCGCAUUGGCACGAUACGGAUAUUGUCCGCGGAUCUUUGAGACGAGCAGAUUCCACGUUUAUGGAGUGCAAUACGUUGGAACGAGGUCAAUGCCGGUUUGGGCUGUACCCAGCUUGCUCGUACUCUACGGUUGUUCCGCUACACUUGCAGUAAUUGCCUGGCGGCGGGAGAAGCAGCGGAGACAGUCGGACGUUGAAGCGGCCAUGCCUACGACCGAGCGAAAGUGGUUCGUCGACACGGACUCAUCUCGUUCUUCGGUGGAGAGGAGGUUGCUGGGCCCGAGAAGUUCCGAUGCGACAGGAUCAUCACGGUCAUCAGUCGAAAACCGGACAGAAAGUCCAAGGGUCAUUGCGAAGAGUAGCAUGGACGCGGUGCAGGAGCGUUUGCAAUUAGGCCAGACGAACCGGCCGCCUGCGAGCAAAGACCCAAGCCUGCCUCGGCUGGGUCAUAUAUGGUAUUGA